AUGCAACAGAAACCCGAAAAUAUAGCGUUUGUGUCGGCAGCUUGGACCCGGCUUCGAAGUCAACGGCCGAUUCUUGGCGGUACGACCCGGGGGCUCACGCUGCCGAAACGAGCGCAGUGGCUGCCCUCUGGGGUAUCCCUAGUCGUUAGACGACGGUGGCAUCAUUUGAAUCCGUUUCGUGUGUGUGCCGCUGCGGAUAGCGAUGAGCGUGAUCAGAGCCCGGUCGGCGGUGGCGAGGAGCCACCCACGGGACCCGGUAACAAGCCGGACAAACCUGUGGGCUCGCGUCCGUAUAUCGCAGUGAUACCCGCACCGAGGCCGGUGUUGACAACAGGAAUUAUAGGCAUCAACAUCCUGACAUACUUGGCGGAGCUCUACUUUGAGGUUGAGGGAAAACUCAGCGGGGCGAACUCUAACAUCCUAUUGGCUCUAGGCGCAAAGAUCAACAGUGCGAUCGCUGCAGGCCAGCUGUGGCGAUUAUUCACGCCGAUAUUCCUGCACGGCGGCCUGCUGCAUCUCCUAAGCAACACCUAUGCAUUGUACGCAAUCAGCUAUGAAUGUGAAAUGGCAUAUGGACCGCUUGCGUUUGCCGUGAUCUACCUCGCGAGUGGCGCUUGGGGGAACCUGCUUUCCUACUGGUUCACGCCCUACUUGUCCGUAGGCGCCUCAUCAUCCAUAUUUGGUCUCUUUUCCGCUUAUAUUGUGUAUCUGGUGAACAACUAUGCAAUUCUCGGUAGACAGGCGCGUCGCCAGAUCACUGUGCUUGUUGCGCUCGUGGUUUUCAACUUUGCAUUUGGAAGCACACCAGGAGACGCUAUCGACAACAGCGCACAUCUGGGUGGUGCAAUUGCCGGGGCGCUUCUGAGCGAGAUCGUUGUCCCCGAACUGAUCCUUCGUGAUGCGAACGGCCAGCUGCUGGAAAAUUUGAAAGCGGAAGAGGUUGAGAUGCAGUUACGAAAAGGAGGGAAGAUUGAGGUGAAGCGCAAACCUGCUGCAACAGUUGUAAGCGCUGGUCUGUGGUUCUCUCUCUUGGCCUGCGGUGCAGCGAUCUUGCGCUCGAGCCCGGCGGAGAAUUUUGGUGGUGGCAUGCUCUGA